GCGCGGCGGGGCCGCGGUAGAGGGCCCGGGCAGCGCCGUGGCGGUCCCGGCGCUCCGCCCGCAGCCGGGCAGCGGAGCGGGCUUGGUUGGCGGCAAAUGUGCAAUACCAAGAUGUCCUCCCUUACGGAUGCCUCCUCUGUCGCCGCUUCGGAGCAAGAGGCGCUGGUUAAACCAAAGCCACUAUUGCUGAAAUUGUUAAAGUUAGCUGGUGCUGAAAAGGACACUUUUACUAUGAAGGAGGUAAUAUUCUAUAUUGGACAAUAUAUUAUGUCUAAGCAAUUAUAUGAUGAAAAACAGCAGCAUAUUGUACACUGUGCAAAUGAUCUCCUGGGGGAUUUAUUUGGAGUAACAAGCUUUUCAGUAAAAGAACACAGGAGACUAUAUUCAAUGAUUUCCAGAAAUCUGAUAGCAAUCAAUCAACAAGACUCUACCCUUGGUGACACACCUGAAGAUGAUGCCGCAUCUCCGCUCGAGGAAGAAAAUGUUAUUAAGGAGUCUAUGCAAGAGUUAGAAGAGAAGCAGACUUCAUCAAAUGUGACUUCCCGACCAACUACAUCUUCUAGGAGGAGGACACACAGUGAAUCUGAAGAAAAUUCUUCAGAUGAUCUGAGCAGUGAGAGAAGAAAGCGACACAAGUCAGACAGCAUUUCGUUGACGUUUGAUGAAAGUCUCUCAUGGUGUGUAGUCAGUGGUCUGUGCCGUGAAAGAAGCAAUAGCAGUGAUUCAACAGAUUCUCUUUCCAUUCCUGAUCUUGAUGGUAGUUCAUUAAGUGAAAACUCUGAUUGGUUUGACCACAGUUCUGUAUCAGACCAGUUCAGUGUUGAGUUUGAAGUUGAGUCUAUUUAUUCAGAAGAUUAUAGCCAUAAUGAAGAAGGGCAGGAGCUCACAGAUGAAGAUGAUGAGGUUUAUCAGCUGACUAUUUACCAGGACGAAGAUAGUGAUGCUGAUUCCUUUGAUGAAGAUCCAGAGAUUUCUCUAGCUGAUUAUUGGAAGUGUCCGGAAUGUAAUGAGAUGAAUCCUCCGCUUCCACGACAUUGCCACAGAUGCUGGGCCCUUCGUGAGGAUUGGCUUCCAGAUGAAAAGAGUGAGAAAUUGGAAAAGAGCAAAUUAGAAGCCUCCUUUCCUGCAGAGUCUGGAGAAGGUUUUGAUGUUCCUGACUGCAAGAAAACAAAAAUGACUGAAGAAAAAGAGCCAGCUAUGGAUGAGAAUGAGGAUAAAACAGUACAGCUUUCUGAGUCCCAGGAAAGUGAAGGUUAUUCCCAGCCAUCAACAUCAAGCAGCAUGUUCUGUAGCAGUCAGGAGGACUUUAAGGAACCUGAGAAGAGAGAAACACAAGACAAAGAGGAAAGCAUGGAAUCCAGUCUGCCUGUUACCAGCAUAGAGCCAUGUGUCAUAUGUCAGAGCAGACCUAAAAAUGGCUGCAUCGUACAUGGCAAAACAGGACACCUCAUGUCAUGUUUUACGUGUGCAAAAAAACUCAAGAAGAGGAACAAACCCUGCCCAGUGUGCAGGCAGCCCAUACAAAUGAUUGUACUAACUUAUUUUAGUUAGACAUAUGUUAACUGGAAAGCUGCAAAAGAAACUUCAUAAACUGGUUAAGAGAGUAAGAAAUUAUUUUUGUAUGCUUAUUGGAAAAUUAAUAUUUUGUGUCUCUUGGCGUUCUGUGUGAAAAAUAAUUGCUGACAUAAAUGCACUGGAGUUAUUAAGAGGUUUGCCCUAUACUCAUAAGUCAACUUGGAGAUUUUAAAUCCCUCUCAGUAGAAGUAACCAGAUCCUCUAAACCACCUGCCUCUCCAAGUGUUUAAUGUUCCUUGCAAGUUAGUGACAUUUGUUUUAUUGAAUUAAAUACAUGCAUUAAAACCCCAAAUUCAGUGAUUGUUGGAGGAGAGACAUGUUGAAGUGUUUAUUUCUGCAAGUUCCUCAUUUAAGAAAAUAGAUGAUUAUCCAGGUUCCUGUUUUUGUUGCCUGGUGAAGACAAGGUACAAUCAGACCCCUCUGAAUAAAUUAAUAAAAUGAAUAAAUACAAUCUUAAAUUCCUCCAAGUAACCAAAUUCUGUGGGAGAUCUUACCAGGAAGUAGAGAAAGAUGUGGCAGAAAAUAAUACUUUGGAAACAGAAAAGGGUAUUGUGUGUCUUAUUUUUAUAGUCUGCAAUUGUAAACUUAAGGGCUGUGUGUCCCCCAUGAGAAGUCAAUGAUACAAGCUCAGUCAUACCAUUCUCUCUCAGAUAUCCUGAGAAUCUGACAUUUGUGGAUUUGUAGGUCUGUACUGAUUAUGAUAAUGGUUAUUAUUAGUUUAGCAGCACUGAACAAGUGUCAGGCAGACAAGAUAAAUGAAGGAUAUGCUAUGAACUGUCAUGUCAGGCAGUAUUAGGGGACAGUUGUUUUCUUUUUCUGCACUAGUUUCUGACUUAGCAGAAUACAUUCAGCUGCAUUGCUGCAUUCACUGUAAUAAAAAUAGAAAAGAAAAUCCACCUUCAUCUGCAGAAACAAUUGAGCUAUGCAGUUCCUGUUCACAAUCUUCAAGUGCAGUUGUCUUUCCAACUCAUUGUUCUUAUCUGUAUCACAAGAAUUCUGAAAAUCUGAAAAUCAUUGGCCAACUCAAAGACCUGUUCUUUACUGCUUUUAGCUCUUGUCUCCUCGCUGUGCUUUGUCAGAAACUUUGUGAAACUUAACAGUUCUGUGCCCAGGGAGUCUGCCUCAGUUCGGGGGGCCUUCAGGUGAGGUAGUGUGAGUGUGGGAACCAGGAUGCAGUAAAGAUCACUCAGCUGCUUUUCAUGUGGAGUUUCUGUAUCCAGUGAGUGAUAGUUAUUCCUUUGGAAAGCUAUGUUACAAGAGGAGUUGUAUAUUUUUAGCACGUUUUAUUUUUACAGGUGGGUGCUGAUUGUCUGUCCAGUAGGGAAUGGCAGAUAAACAGUCAGGGGAGUGCCAAGAGUGGAGAUGUAGUCCAAGUGCAGGAAUUGAGCUGUGUUACCAUCUUACAGGCCAAGGCUCAACAGCUUCCCUAACACCAGCAGUACAAAAUUGCUGAUGCCUGUGUGCUGGCACAGAGACUUCUGCUGCUCUCCUUAACUGCAGGGCUGCAAAUGCCUGCAAGUGCCCAGGAAAAGGAUAUAAAGCAAGGACAGGAGAGACUUAGUAAAUCCUUGGUUGUGACUUGGUUGAAAAGUAGUAACUUCAUAGGUAAAGACUGAAUUACUGGGACCAUUCACAUUUUGUUCAUACAUUUGAGCUAUUUCAUUAAAAAUACCACUAAAAGAUAUUGGUAUACCUGAAGUUCUAACAUAGUUCAUUUUAACUAAACAAAAUACAAACCCCAAUUGUAUACAUUCAAAUUCUUACUGGCGAGUUUCUUGCCUCCUGCAGUUUGUAAAGGGGCAGCAGGUAGCUGGAAGUUCUGGGAAGUUUUUUGAUCAGCAGAAACCUUUUUAUAGGAUUUUAUAAUCCUUCAUGGGUUUUAGAGGAUUUGAUAAUCCUUCAGCCUGAAAUAGAGAAGGCCUUUAGGUAGAUAGUUAAUUUUUCCAAGUAGGAGUACUAACAGAGGGCUACCUGACUUACUUUGCACUAAUUAAAAAUUAAUGUUUUUUUAAUUUUUGAUUUGAUAAACUUAGGUGCAGUGAGGCUUCCAGAGGCUCUUCAUUGCACCUGCAGAUGAGGGAGAACUGUAGAUAUGUAUAUGCAGAAGCAUCAAUAACAUGGGGACUGUACUUAAAAAGUUAUAUCUUGAGAAGCUUUGUCCACUGCAUUGUCUACCAUGUCUUCCCCUCUCUCCAUACGAUGCCUUCUCUGCCCUGCCUGUGUAACUGCAGUGCUGGGGGAGCAGCUGUCCUUACCUAGUUCCUGUUGGGACAAAUUGUACCAUCCCACUCUUGGCAUUCUUUUCCAGUCACAUGCCUUCUGUUGCAGAGAAUAGCCCUGGAAAUACCUUCCACUCACUAUGAGUGAUGAGGAAAUGGGGAAUUUUAAUUUCUGCAUCUGCAAAUAACUGUGUCAAGUGUUUGGGUUUCAGUUACAUUUUAUGGUUUAAUAUUCUUACUGACUUCUAGUACAACUUUAGUUUGUUUGGUGUGGGUGCUUGCCUUCCAAAUGGAAGUGCUGGGUAUUGAUGCCUAUUCCUGCUGGGGACACUGGGAGUGCAAGUGCAGGCCUGGUGCCCGGGGGCUGUGUCACAGUCACUCCCCUGGUGACUCCCGGCUCUGCCUCCACCCCCUCUCCCAGCCUGGCCGUGCUCCGUGUGUGAGCACAAGCAGCGAGCACCCUGCUUGUUCUGGCCCUUAAACACGGUCCUGGCCUUGGGUAAUGGCACAAAAAUCAGUAAAGUUUUGGUACAAGAGUUGUUCCUCCUUGGUGAGGUGUUUGAGAUCCUUAUUUAAUAUCGCACACAUUUUGAUCUUUAAUUUAUUGCUGUUUGUAAAUAUCCUUGUGCUCACAGUUGAUGUUUUGAGCUCUAAUUUAUUGAAUUAGUCUACUGGUACGUGUAUAGUUAUAUAAAUAUACUUAUUUAGUAAAUCACAGGCACAAGAAAAAUAAUUUAAGAAAUGUAGCAUUAAAAUACAGAGAAAUACUCUUUAUUAUAUUCAGAUUGAGAAGGGCACAUGAAGAUUAAUGGCUGUGUUUCCUUUUUUCCUUCACUUAAAACAACUCUGCAUUGAACAUGAACAAGAUUUAUUAAAUAGAGAUAGAGCUGGUGCAACAUUAGCAUAGUGAAAAUAUUUUGGUGGUGUUUUGCUUUCCUUUAGAAUGCUUUUGCAUCCCUCAGUGCAGGCAAGGAGCUGAUUGCUUCCGGGUGCUGGUAACACUGGGGGUGAUGGCCUAGGAGACACAGGACCCGGUGAUGAGAGUCUUUAAGGUUAAUUUGCAAAGGUGGUAAUGGCUUUUGCCUUUGCACACGUGACCAAGAAGGUUGUAGGGGAGGCCAGAUGCCCACAGGAUGUGGCUGUAUGUGAUUUUCAGUAAUUUUCUUCAUCUUGUCCUUCUUGCACAUCAGGUAGACAGUUACGUACAAAUGAUGCAAAAACUUGCAUUUAUUUUUUUAGGAAGUACAGUGAACCUACUUGUUGUUUAAAUACAAGUCUUUAACUAUUUACCUAUUUGUUAGUAUUGCCUUUAUAUUAGUAUUGAAAUUUACUCCACACCAGCAGGAUCGUGGGCUGUGCCAUCCUGUGCCUCUCUCCUUAGCAGAUGAUUUAGAAGGAUUGAAGUGUUUCAAAAUGCUCACUGGUGAAAAGCUUACAUUUCUUCUAAGAGUGUGGUACUAUUUUUAUCACUGAGUUCUCUUUGCUGCACAUUUGUUCAAAUGUCACUGUCUCUGAAGUGUCUGUGGGUAUGAAGAUGCUUGCAGGACUUCAGGCAGAUUUUUUUUUCUCUUUUAUGACUAAUAUGAGGAAGAGAAAAUUCCUCGUUCUUACAGAAAGUGUCAACAAGAAUAGUUUAAAAAAAUAGUAUCUUACAAAAGAAAGAUUAGAAAAUUAUUAGGAGCUUAAUGAAACUGAAUAAACCGAGUAAAUAGGAUGAAAAUAGGGGUGAAGAUUUUUUUUUUCGCCAUCUUAAUCUAAGGCUGCUGUUGUGUUAAGGCAUAACUUUAGGUAGAGUAUAUGUCAAAGCAGGUAAUUCAUUCAGCAUAUUGGCUUGCCACACACGGUGGGGCAGGACUUACCCCUUAUCCCAGGAAGAUACAACAUUUUGUUGUGCGACAUUUGGCCUGAAAAGGGGCAUUUGCUGUUGUGAGGCUUCCCUGUGGAAGGAGCAUUGGACACGGGACUUGUGGGUGGGCGGCAUUGUUGUGGUGGGGCUGUAGGGUGGCCUUGGUCCCACAGCACAGCAGAGCCUUGCUCUGGAGCAUCAGCCCUCUCCUCUUCAGGGGAUUCCCUGCCCUGCCUUUCCUGCUCCUUCAUACCAGAGUCCAAGGCACAUCUUGCUCUUUAAAGGUUGCACAAGCAGAGCACAAACCCCAGCUUAAGAUUUUAGCAAUGGAUUGCACUUACUGAACGUGAAAAAUUUUAACUAAAGUGUGGGGGGUUUGUUAAGGGGGGUUUUUUAGCACAGAUGCACUGAAAGCUUCAAGUGAAUGCUUCUUUAGUGUAUCUAUAGCUAUAUUAUACAUGUGAAAUUUGUCAGUGAUACUUAAAAAGGUGGUGGCUCUCCUUUUGAGUAGAUGUUGUUUUAGCUUAACAGCCUGCUUUAAAAGGACAGUAGUGGCUGUUAGGAUGAUGAUAACUGAACACCUAAAAUACAAAUUGUUUUUCUAAAACCAGAAUCUCUAUUGUUUGACUACACAUAGCUGGGAUGACUGUUGAACAGAGUAGUUCGUUGUGAAUUUAAAUAACUAUGCAACACGCCUUCAAGAGCUUGACCUGGUGCAUUACUUUCCAGCUACCCAGUGCAUGUAUGACCACAGUCAGUAACCAUUAAAAUGCAAAUAUCCACUCCAAUUGCACACAGUAUAGAUCCAUUUAUGAAGAGUUUCACAUGUGUUUAUCUUUCAGUUUUCAGUUUUUCCUUUUCUGAUGAAAAUUGAAUACUGUGUUCCAUUUAAAAGCUUUAAAUAAAGAUUUGUUUAUAUACUC